AUGGCUGCUCGAUCUGCCUCUCGCGCCUUCUUGCGCUCAACCCCGGCCACUUCCUUCCGGGUUUCCGCGCGUCCGGCUCGUCAGAUUCCCCCCGCUCAGAUUCGCGGUUCCAUUCGUCGCGGAUAUGCAUCGGAGGCUGGCCCUGGCAAGUCCUCAUCAGGAGGUAUCUGGGGUAUUGGUCUGGCCGUUGCCGCUGGUGCAGGUGCCUACUUCUACCUGAACGGUGAAAAGACUCCCAAGGGCCCCUUUGUCCCCACCAAGGAGGACUACCAGAAGGUGUACGAUGAGAUUGCCACACUUCUCGCCAACGAGACCGAUUAUGAUGAUGGUAGCUAUGGUCCGGUUCUCGUUCGUCUCGCUUGGCACGCUAGCGGUACUUAUGACAAGGAGACCAACACUGGUGGUAGCAACGGAGCUACCAUGCGAUUUGCUCCCGAGUCCGCCCACGGCGCCAACGCUGGUCUCAAGCACGCUCGCGACUUCCUCGAGCCUGUGAAGGCCAAGUUCCCUUGGAUCACCUACUCCGAUCUCUGGACCCUGGCUGGUUCCGUCGCCAUUCAGGAGCUCAGUGGUCCUAAGAUCCCCUGGAGACCCGGUCGUAAGGACAAGGAGGUUGUCGCCUGUACCCCCGAUGGCCGUCUGCCCGAUGCCUCCAAGGACCACCGCCACAUUCGUGAUGUCUUCGGCCGUAUGGGAUUCGAUGACCGUGAGAUGGUUGCCCUGAUUGGUGCCCACGCUCUCGGCCGUGCUCACACCGACCGAUCUGGCUUUGAGGGCCCCUGGGACUUCAGCCCCACUGUCUUCAGCAAUGAGUUCUUCCGCCUGUUGGUUGAGGAGAAGUGGAACCAGCGCAAGUGGAAUGGUCCUACCCAGUUCACUGAUAAGAGCACCUCUACCCUCAUGAUGUUGCCCAGUGACAUUGCUCUGAUCAAGGACAAGGGCUUCAAGCAGCACGUUGAGCGUUAUGCCAAGGACAGCGAUGUCUUCUUCCAGGAGUUUGCUGAUGUCUACGUCAAGCUGCUGGAGCUGGGUGUUCCUUUCCAGAGCAAGCCCGAGGACCGUUUUGUCUUCAAGACCUCCGAGUAA